CUUUGGAUAGCUUUUGAAGUCUAUUUUCAUAUUUGAGUGGCCACAGUUCGAGAGGAGAAGUCAAUCCUCCAAAAAUCGAUCUGGAACGAGCAGAGGUCUGUGAACUCGAGCUGUGAGAGUGCUGAGACUGUUUGGCCGAUAUCUCGAGUUUUACCAAUCCAAUUAAGGCGUGUGAGAUACCAAAAGAAAGCUCUCAAGACGAGGAAUCCGUGAAGGUCUGGUUUGAAUCAAUCGGAGUAGAGGAAGGCUUCCAAAUCGUCCGAGCAGAACGAGACCUCGCAGGGACGGAUUUACUCUUCUAAGAAUCGAGUUAGCCGGAAAACACCCGUUCUAGGGGCUGUUUUAGUAUCAACGAUUCGGGGUUGAAAUAGCAACUUGAGGAGGCUGUUUAGCACCCAUUUUCAAGCAAGGAACUAGUUCCCAAUCUUCCUUGGCCGAGGCUUUAGCCAUUGGAUCGAGAAGGAAGGUUUUAAAGCUCAUUUGAGGUUGAGGCUAGAGCUUGCUUCCUGUGCUCGUUGCUCGAGGGAUCAUCUAGGAGGGAAGACUUGAAAUGGACGGUGGUGGCAGGAUUACUAGGAGAAACCCGACGGGCCGUGUACCAGUGGAGACUGGACAGGGCAGUCGAAGGACCUCUAGGGCGUCUAGGGGAGCUGGCUGUGGAGGCCGAUCACAGACCGUGAGUGACGGUCAUGUUGACACAGAAAGUGAAACCUACUGGUCCUAUGAGGACUCAACUUACCAACCGGAGACCGAGCCGGUUGAGACCCCUUACGAAGGGGAUGACGAUGAUAUAAGUGAUGAAGGAGGGGAGAAUGACUCCCUAGCCAGAAUCGAGGCGCUGCUCCAACAAUAUCAGCGGGAGCGCGAAGAAAGGAGGGAACGCCGAAGGCGCCGGGGAGGGCGAACUUUGGGUGGGGCUUCAAGAGGAAGAAGCCAAGGCGACUCUAGGGCCCACAUUGAACCACAUGGGGGCCGGGGUGAUGGAGGUCCGAUCAUAAGGAUCUCAAAAUUUCUCAAAGAGGCGAGAGACUUGGGGUGCAAACCCUUCAACGGAGCAGGUGACAUCUCGGUUGCCGCAGAAUGGAUCAAGAGGCUGAACGAAGCAGCCCUUGAUAUGCAACUCACCCCCGAGUUUAAGCUAAGGGUGGCGGUGAGGUUGCUUGAAGGGAUGGCAUCCACAUGGUGGGACGGAGCCAAGGGAAAGUAUGGCAACACGGUGACUUGGGAGAAUUUCCGACAGGAGUUCUUUGCCCAAUAUUAUUCUGAUUUUGAGGUGAACGCCAAGAGGAGAGAGUAUACCCUCCUAACCCAAGGUGGCAAAAUGACGGUGAGGCAACUUGAACACAAAUUCAGGGAGCUCGCGGAGUUCAUACCGGAGUAUGUGUGUGACGAGAACCGGAUGGUAAAUCACUUCUGGGAUGCCUUAGACCUGGAGGUGCGUGAGAGGGCAACACAGUUGCCUAACAUGACUUUUAGCCAAGUGGUCGAGCAAGGGUUAAAAGGAGAGAAAGAAUGGGAGGAAAGAAAGUUGAAGAACGCCGAAGAGGCAAAGAAGAGGAAGUGGGAGAACCAUGGGCAUCAAGGUCCUAGCAAAAAGGGGAACCAUGGGGGAGGGGGAUCUUUUCGGACACCCCCACUGCCACCUAGGGGAAGUCAUGGCCCGGGCGGGCAAUCACAAGCCUCGGGGGUGACUCGUUGCAAGAAUUGCAAGAGGAACCACCCGGGGAAAUGUCGUGACCCUCCUAGAUGCUACCAAUGCGGGAGCACCGGUCACAUGAAGAUGAACUGCCCACAACUGGGCGGGACGAGGGCAUCAGGGCCAAGUAGUGGUAAUACCGGGACACGGAAUCAAGCCGGGACUUCACAAGCGUCCAGGGGGCAAGGGGGAGCAAGCGCAAGCAACGCGCCGUCCGUGAAUCAAGGAAGGACUCAAGCUAGGGUCUACGCGAUGACGGAGGCGGAUGCUCAAGCUAACCCGGAUUCCGUUGCAGGUUGAGGCUAGAGCUUGCUUCCUGUGCUCGUUGCUCGAGGGAUCAUCUAGGAGGGAAGACUUGGUUCGUGCUCCCUCCAUUCAGUUUUAAACAUUAAUAAACAUGCUCAUGGAUAUUUUACUAUAGAGCCUGCGUGCUCAUGUUAGCCACGUGUGGCAUUUGUUUUCAAACUAUGUUUUCCGCUAUGUAUUCGAUUACUUAUUAUGUUUGUUUAUGGAUGGCUUACGUGUGAAUGAUAUUCGAGACGCCUUGUAUAAUAUGAAUGUGUUGG